CUCCUCUUACUUUUGAUGACAUUUGGGUUAGAUUAUGCAUGUUUUUGGAAAUAUUGCAAGUAACGUAUACGUGAAGAAUACAAAAAUUGUGGUAUUUAAACUCAGUAAUCGCUGUAUACUAAUCACGUCUGUAUCAAGCCUUCUCACCAUCUAAUGGUCGAAGACAAUGGCCAGCGUCGUGACUGUAUUAACGCCUAAUGGACGGAGGAUGAACGUUAAAGUUCCACCGAACAAAACCGUGCUUCAGAUUCUAGACGAAGUCUGCCAAAAACAUAAUUUCCAGUCGAGCGAAUAUGAUCUUCGACAUCACAAACGAAUCCUCGAUUUGUCGCUGAUGUUUCGAUUUACCGGCUUACCAAACAAUGCCCAAUUGGAAAUGGUUAAAGUGCUGAAGCAGCGUCAAGAGUCUGAAGUCGUGUUAAUGAUCCAAUUCGAGGAUGGUUCACGGAAAAGUGAUUCAUUCCAACCGGAUCUGACAUUGAUGGACGUACUCCGAAAACUGUGUCCCGAGAAAUGUUCCGAAGACGAUUUGGUGCUAAUUUACAUGCGAACGGACAUACACGGAACUGCGUUAGCGACAACAACGCUGAAAAGUUUGGGAUUGACUGGAGGACGGGCUAUGUUUCGAUUGGUGCAACGAAAGGCUGACUCCUUAAAAACCCAAGCAAACGUUUCCCGGGUCAUUUCCGUUGCUCCGGCAGCUCAACCAGCGGAUAAUUCAACUGCUACUGAAAAUACUCCUGCCCUAGACCUGUCCGGAAAAACUGAUGUAACCAUGGAAACAUCGGAUAAUGCUACCAUUAUGCCAGGCAUUGGUCACAGUCUGUCACCAGUCAGUAAUGAUGUAAAGCGAGCAAAAUAUGAUGAAACAGUUGCGACAGAAGCACCAUCGACGAGUUGUCCGGAUGUAGCAUCGGAAGUUGAAUCAAAUGAAAUGGAGGUAGAAGAGGAACCCGAAAUCAUUGAGAUCGGCGAACGGCAUGCAAUUCUGUUUUCACUGGACAGCACCCAGCGUAUCAUCAGCGAUGAAGACGCAAAAGACUCGUUCUUCGACGUAACCGUCAACGACAUAAAAGUCUUGCUGCGUGACCUGCGAACGCAGACACAAGGGCUGGAAAAUGCACCGCUGAUGACAACAAAAAUGCGCGAAAUGGAGCACGACAAUCAAACGAUGUUAAAAUUGAAUCGAUACCGGACCACGGUCAUUCGCAUUCAAUUCGCCAAUCGAUUGGUGCUGCAAGGAAUAUUUCUGCCAUCGGAUACGGUUCAGCAAGUGGUGGAUUUCGUGCGUGGUUUCCUAGUCGAUCCGACAAUGAAAUUCCAUUUAUAUAUUACUCCGCCGAAAACCGUAUUGGAUAACGAGAGUCGAUUGGUGGAGAAUCACUGCGUUCCGAUGGCUUUGCUGCAUUUCGGCACCGAUGAAAGUUCUUGCAGCCCGAAUUUACUGAGGGAGGAGUUUUUAGCGAAAAUUUCAACACACAAAGCUGCCGUUUGGUCUGCAAAGAAGUCCAGAGGUCUCAACUUUGGCAGUACUACAUCCGAAGACGGCGAAUCCUCGUCGAAUGAAAGCAGCAACACGAACAGAAAACAGCAAUCGGCCGGUUCUGGAACAUUCAUCACCUCGUCAGCUAUAUCAAAUACGGGAACGAAAGUACCGAAAUGGUUCAAACCGACUGGCAAAUAAAAUGUUUUGUUAAUGAGCUUGGGAGAGAUAAGAGAGAGAGAGAGAGAGAGAGGAGGAAAUAAAGCGAACGCAACGUUCAACUGAUUUUUCA